CUUUGGAGUUUGAUAUGAUGAUUAGAGCAUAACAGAGUGACACGUUGAAUUCGCCAUAAUCAAGGAAACCUUUCCCGGGCGGGGAUCUCUGAAAUCACUCAGUGAGCAACCCUAAUUAACCUGAUUUUUUGCUGAUAAUCACUCACAAUGGAAUCAAAUCACAAAUCCGGGGAUGGAUUGAGCGGCACCCAGAAGGAAGCAGCCCUUCGCGCACUGGUCCAGCGCACAGGAUAUAGCCUGGUCCAGGAAAAUGGACAAAGAAAAUAUGGGGGCCCUCCACCUGGUUGGGAUGCUGCGCCCCCAGAAAGGGGCUGUGAAAUCUUUAUUGGGAAACUUCCCCGAGACCUUUUUGAGGAUGAACUUAUACCAUUAUGUGAAAAAAUAGGUAAAAUUUAUGAAAUGAGAAUGAUGAUGGAUUUUAAUGGCAACAAUAGAGGAUAUGCCUUUGUAACAUUCUCAAAUAAACAGGAGGCCAAGAAUGCAAUCAAGCAACUUAAUAAUUAUGAAAUCAGAAAUGGACGUCUCUUAGGGGUCUGUGCCAGCGUGGACAACUGCCGAUUGUUUGUUGGGGGAAUUCCCAAAACCAAAAAGAGAGAAGAAAUCUUAGCAGAAAUGAAGAAGGUAACCGAAGGCGUUGUGGACGUCAUUGUCUACCCGAGUGCUGCAGAUAAAACCAAAAACCGAGGCUUCGCCUUCGUGGAAUACCAGAGUCACCGGGCAGCUGCCAUGGCCCGGAGGAAACUCCUCCCAGGAAGAAUUCAGUUAUGGGGACACCCCAUUGCAGUAGACUGGGCAGAACCAGAAGUAGAAGUUGAUGAAGACACAAUGUCUUCAGUGAAAAUCCUGUAUGUAAGAAACCUAAUGCUGUCUACCUCUGAAGAGAUGAUUGAAAAAGAAUUCAAUAAUAUUAAACCAGGUGCUGUGGAGAGGGUGAAGAAAAUCCGAGACUAUGCUUUCGUGCACUUCAAUAACCGAGAAGAUGCAAUUGAGGCCAUGAAAGCUUUAAAUGGGAAGGUGCUGGAUGGCUCCCCCAUUGAAGUGACCCUAGCCAAACCAGUGGACAAGGACAGCUAUGUCAGGUAUACCCGAGGCACAGGUGGAAGGGGCACCAUGCUGCAAGGAGAGUAUACCUAUUCUUUGGGCCAUGUUUAUGAUCCUACCACAGCCUACCUCGGAGCUCCUGUCUUCUAUGCCCCGCAGGCCUAUACGAUUCCUAGCCUUCAUUUCCCAGCCACCAAAGGACAUUUUGGCAACAGGGCCAUUAUCCGAGCCCCUUCUGUUAGAGAAAUUUACAUGAAUGUACCUGUAGGGGCUGCGGGAGUGAGAGGACUGGGCGGCCGUGGCUAUUUGGCAUACACAGGCCUGGGUCGUGGAUAUCAGGUCAAAGGAGACAAGAAAGAAGAGAAACUCUAUGAUCUUUUACCUGGGAUGGAACUCACCCCGAUGAAUCCUGUUACCUUAAAACCCCAUGGAAUUAAAGUAGCUCCCCAGAUAUUAGAGGAAAUUUGUCAGAAAAAUAACUGGGGACAGCCAGUAUAUCAACUGCACUCUACCAUUGGACAAGAUCAAAGGCAACUAUUCUUAUACAAAAUAACCAUUCCUGCUCUGGCCAGCCAAAAUCCUGCAAUGUGGGCCUACGUGGAUGAAGCAAAGACAUACGCAGCCGAGUACACCCUGCAGACCCUGGGCAUUCCCACCGAUGGGGCCAGCGCUCCCACUGCAGCAGCUGCUGCCGCUUCUGCGGCUGCUUUUCCAGCAUAUGCCGUCCCUAGCGCAACUGCACCCGUGUCCGCGGCCCAGCUCAAGCAAGCAGUGACCCUCGGACAAGACUUGGCAGCAUACACAACGUAUGAGGUCUACCCCACUUUCGCAGUGACCGCCCGGGGGGAUGCAUAUGGAGCCUUCUGAAGAUAUCUUUUUUUUAUUUUAAUAAUAAGACACAAAACUCUAUCUAGAAGAAAUAAACCUCUAACUCAGUCCCCUAAUGAUCACACGUAAUGCUUUUCUUCACGUGAUGCCCUUCCUGAGACGAUAGUUUCUACUAACUGUGGAAUCGCGGUAGGAGAAUAUGAUUCCCAAUCCAAUCCGAUGUUAAGGAGCCUUUUCUCUAACCGAAGGCUAAAGAGCCACUGCCCCCAGGUGGCUCUCUCGCGGUUGCUGAGUGUCUUGGGAACACAUUUACGAACCCUGAUGGAGUGGAGAGAGAGCUUUUAACUGACCUUUCCAGUCAGGAACAACAGAGAGCCAAGUCAACCCCAGAGUCUUAACCCUGGCUUGCACCUGCGUUUUGUGAUCCCCAAAGUCACCAAAGGCAGAGGGAAGGUGGGAGGAUGCUUUUCAAAACAUGCUCUCCAUUACCCGCUAAGUGGAGUGUGUGCACAGGCUGAGGCUUGUGAAAAAAAUGUCCAAGGUUUGAUGAGUCAUCAUUUGCAGUCUGAAAAUUCCGCCCAGUCACUUUAUCAUAGGUCAGCAUCUCCCUGUCCCCUGCAAUCCCCGGGGACUUCCUGGAAAUCGAUGUGAUAUAUUGCAGACCUGGUGAAAGCAACCCAGGCCUAUGGUUUAUUAAACUCAUUAGCCCACCUCUUUGCCCCUAGAACUCCUGCCCUUCCCAAGCAUCCCCACAAGACAAUCAUCCUUCCGACCUGAAAUGACUUUUUCUUAUUUUAAACGUUUGAUGUGUCCAUAUUGGUUUAUUUUCAUUUCAGUCUUAUUUUGCUCUUCUCCAAUAUCUUAAAAAAGGAAAUACCACUUAUAAACUAUCACCUAUGAUACUUUUAGCUAUUUGGCAAAUUGGCUGAAAAGUCAUUU